CUUUUGCUGAUUUCUUCUACGGCUUCUGGCGUCUAAUCCCCGUGGCAACCAAGGUAUAACUGGAUUGACAUUGAAAAAAAUAAUAAUAAAAAAAUGAAUAGGAAAGCUUUGUUUUCAGAUGUCUGUCUUAUUUCAAAAUCCCCCGCAAAUGAUAAUAACCAACAAAUUGACAUUGAAAAUGUUGUCCUUCUUAGCUACUGUCUUAACGACGCCCCUGGUUCCCCCUGCAGAACGCGUUUGGACUCCUCCCAGAGGUUUGGCCGGAUUUAAACUCUCGCCAGCUGGCCGCACACUCCCAGUCCACUGACACACGCGUUACGCACGAUGAUGCCGGCUUUGGCUCUGGCUCUGCUGCUGGCGUCGGCGGCGGCUCAGGGCCCGUUCGACUUCGGCGGGCCCCCGCGGGAGGAGGAGCGUCCGUUCAAGCGCAGCCAGUGCAAGUCCAUCCCGCCCUCGCUGCAGCUGUGCCGGGACAUGGAGUACAGCGACAUGCGCCUGCCCAACCUGCUGGGCCACGAAAGCAUGAGCGAGGCUGUGCAGCAGGCGUCCUCGUGGAUCCCGCUGGCGCACAAGCGCUGCCACCCGGACACCCGCAAGUUCCUGUGCUCGCUCUUCGCGCCCGUCUGCCUGCCCGACCUGGACGAGGCCGUCCGGCCUUGCCGCUCGUUGUGCGAGGGCGUCAAACGAGGUUGCGCGCCAAUCAUGGCCGCCUUUGGCUUCCCGUGGCCCCCCAUGCUGGACUGCCGGGCCUUCCCCGCCGACGACGACAACGACCUCUGCAUCCCGCCCGCCGACCACCGCAACAUGGUGCCCGUCACCAAAGAAGUGCCCAGAGUGUGUGACGCCUGCAAGGAACGCGACGAAAAUGACAACGACAUCGUGGACAACUUGUGUAAAAACGACUUUGCCCUGAAAAUUAAAGUGAAGGAGAUCUCGUACAUGGACGGCGACACCAGGAUCGUGCCGGAGAACAAGAGCAAGACCAUCUACAAGCUGCACGGCGUGAGCGAGCGCGACCUGCGAAAGACGGCGCUGUGGCUCAAAGACGGCCUGCGCUGCGUCUGCGACGAGAUCAACGACAUCGACGCCGCCUACCUGGUGCUGGGCCGGAAGAUGGACGACGGGCGCCUGGUGGUCACCUCGCUCAAGCGUUGGCAGAAGGGACGCCGCGACUUUAAGAGGAUUUCGCGCAGCGUGCGCAAGCUGCAGUGCUGAGAAAAAUAGGACGACGGCAAAAAAACAAAAAAAAAAAAACAAAAAAAAAAAAACCCAGAAGUGUCACAUUUCUUUUCUCCAAUUGUAAAAAAAAAAAAAAAAAAAUCUAAACUUUUUGAAGUGUUUAAAUGUACAGGUCAUGAUAUAAGUGAGUUGUGUCGUGUUGGUAUGAAAGGAUUUCCAGAAAAAUGUGUCCACCAUCAAAAAUUCAUCUUGAAUAUUUUGCUAGCUUGGACAAUUUCUACGACGAUUCCGCUUGGACAUGAGAAAUUUGAUAUUGAA